CCGAGUUUCUAAAAUCUAAUAAUAUGGUCAUAGGGUUUGCGUCUGGAGAUACAAAAUCAAGGGCCCCACGAGAUUCUGCAUCUAGGCCCUCCUUUGUUUCCUCUUUUUUUCCAAGUAAGAGAGAGGAGAGAGAGAGUUGAAGACCGCUAUAUGUGGAGGUAAGGAGUUAAGAGAGCUGAGUUUCAGAAAACGUGGCUUGUGAUCUCCUAUCAGCUCUUACGCGGUUGCGAAACUACUUCUCUUCGAGACAUUGUGUUCUGAGCAAUCUGGCAAGAAUUCUGGUAUAUCCAGACUGCCUAUUUGUGCGUUAUUCAGUAAAAGUGCAAGAUGGAAGAGAAGUUCGUCAAUUCAACAAAAGAUGAUCAAGGGAAUGACAUUUCACCUCUUAGAUUGAGAAAGGGUAGGGGAUUGAUAGAAGACAGUGGUUCAGAGUUUACUGAGUCGAAAUCCAAAGGGUCAUUAAAAGAAGGAGGAGAACCAAAGGAGGCAUUAACAUCAUAUGCCAAGCAGUCGUGUAUUACUGAUGUUAAGAAGCUGAAGUGUGCGCAUCUCAAUGAAAAACAUCUCUUGCUGCAUUACUUGGAUUUGGCUAAAGUUAGGCCAUCUGACUCUUUAGCCAUGGCCUAUAGUCCAUCCUCCCCAUGUAAUAUUGCUGUGAAGUUAAGGUCCUCAAAAAUGGAGAUUCUAUUUGACCGCUUAAGUCCGAUUAAAAAUAGAAGAAGAAAUACAUGUGAUCUGGGUAGUUUUGUUAUUGACUGCCAGUCAGCAGCUGGACAAGGGAAUUUUGUUAUCAGCCCUGUUGGACAGUUGAUUGUAGGGGCAGUUGCAGGGAAUGACAAUGUGAGGAGCAUCUUGAAGAGCCCAUUAAGUUGUCAUUUAGGGGCCCUAGAUGGUGACAAGAAGUCAGUAAAAGUAAGGUCAACUGAUAUUAAAGGAGAAAAUUGCUCUCAGAUCACGAGCUCUCUGGAAGAAAUAAUUACUAGUAGACAGAAGCCAGAAAAAGCAGUAACUCUAGAAAAGCAGAGACAGGAAAAGGUUCAUAAAAGGCUCUUUUCUAUCUCGAGUACAAAUUCUAGUAGUUCUGAUCAAUCUUCCUCAUCUACUUGUGCCCCUGUUUCUCAGGGAAUGCUUCAUUGCAAGUGGAAAGGUGGAAUCCCAUAUUUUGUAUUCUCUGUAGAUGAUCAGAGAGAGAUAUAUGCUGCCAAACUUUGGAAGGUAGAGUCAUCAAAUGAUAAGGGUUUGGAUUAUAUGUACUCUUUUCACUCACGGACAGAUGGGAAAAAAGAACUGGGUACCUCUGAUAAUUUGCUGGACUUUGUUGGUAAAAUGAAGGUAUCGAGUUCUUUUAUUUUAUGCCCUAACAGUUCAAAACUCAUGGAGACUGAAUUUGUCUUGUUUGGUGCUAACGAACAGCAAUCUAGUGAGAUACAAAGUUUGACUUCUACAGCUAAAAAGAAUUGGAGGUUGUCAAAAAAGGUGGUGGAUGCAUUCAGGACAAGCCAUCCAUCCAAGUAUAAAUCUAGGCCCAAAGGUGUACCAAGCUCCAUAUAUGAGGAUCUCUCUGGGGAGCAAUGUCAAGAAAUGGGGGAAACAGAUGCACUGGAUUCUACCCUCCUUCAGAGUAAUCUUUCACCGAGUCUUGAGUUGGCUGCUAUUAUUGUGAGAGAUCAUGUCCAUGAUACUUGUCAAGAGGCAUCAGUUGGAGGAUGGGGCUUAAAAUUUCUUGAGAAAGCUAGGGCAGAGCAAGCUAAUGAUCCUGUAGAAGACUUUGAUUCUUUGGAAAGGUGCCAAGAGAGUUCUCUUCGAAAUAGAAAUGAUUGUUCUACUAGUAUGGAUGUUUUAAUCCCUGCAGGAUUUCAUGGUGGUCCAAGAACCAGAAAUGGUGGCCCCUCUAGUCUUACUGCAAGGUGGAGAUCUGGUGGACACUGUGACUGUGGUGGCUGGGACACCGGAUGCCCUCUGACAGUACUCCACAACAUGUCAAGCAAGGAAGUUUUGCCGCAACCAGAUGCACAAGGGGAAUGCAAAUCAUUUGAUCUGUUCAUGCAGGGAACAAAGCAAGGAGAGCCCACCCUGAGAAUGGUGAAUAUCCAGGACGGUCUCUAUUUUAUUCAUUUCCAGUCAACUCUGACAGCUCUACAAACUUUUUCUAUAGGAGUGGCUAUUAUUCAUACUCAGAGUUCCACUCUUUGCCCAAAAGAUGUAACAAAAUUGAAGCAGGAGGAACCAAGGAUAAACAAUUCCGUAGUAUUCUGAUUGAAUUUUAACAGUUAUAUGGUUGUAAAUUGUCAUUGUAGUGUCACCCAUUGAGAAAUGAAACUUUUUAGACAUGAAUUAGGAUGUUUACUGUUUCUUUUGGAGAGAGGUUUCUUAGGGUGGGGCAGCAAGGUUGCUUUAUGUUUUUGAGUUCUUCCCUGGGUGAAUACUCUAUUUGAGCCAUCUUCCCAUAAGGAUAUCAAAUUCCAAUCUGUACCAUCCUGAGUGGAACCUCUGGGUUUGGCCAAAGUUUCCCUUUCUAGAUCAGCUCUAUGGCUUAUGUGAAUGGGGUGUCAUGGUCUGUAUAUGGGGGAACUUUGGGGGCUGCUAAAAUUUGAAGGGGGUAUGAGAUGGUGGAGGUGCUGGAUGAUUAUGAUGAGCAAGGGGUAACCUCAGUCCUCUAGUUAAGGUUGCUGGUUUCAAGACAGUUUUCCAGACAUUGAAUCAAAGGGAAGUCAAAAGGAUCCCAAGAGAGGAGAUGUUUAGGUUCUCGCAUCAGGUUCCUUUCUUACAUGCUUACAGGUCAUGAAGGUCCAAAUGGGUUUCCGGGAGCUGGACCCAGCAGCUACUCCAUUGGAACUUCUUCAGCUUCUUCGGGUGAUAACAAAUGCCAUGGAAAAAGAGAUUGUGGAGAAUGCUGAGAAAGCUUAGAAGAGGUAUGGUUCAACUUGUCUUGGAAGUACAUACUCACUAAGGUGUUCUCUCCACUAGCUGGAGCUGGAGCUUGUUCCAAGGAUCUGUUAGUGGGUCUGUAUUUACUUCCCCACGAGAGUUGGUUUUGACCUCAAAGAGCUAGUUGUCUAUAGCAGUUGCAAUUUUCUCGUGUACCUUAAAAUGCUUUACUUGCUUUGUUUCUUGUUCUUAUAUUAGAACAGGAGGAAAUUGCAGUUUUUGCUGGUUC